CACUCUUCCCUGGCGUGAGAGCGAGAGCAGAGGAUCGAAGGAAGGCGCACUCGAGCCGAGAGCGACAGCCAAAUCAGCCAAACGAGAAGCAAGGGCGCAUGCUGAGCUUCCCCUUUCUCUCACUCUGCACUUUGGUUUUCUUAAUGAAAUGGGAAUAUAACAGCUUGUGGAUACGACAUUGAAGUCAUCUCAGUAAGAUGGAAGCAGAAAGAAAUUAUUUUGCUUAUUGUUUGGACACGAACAUUAAAAGAAAUUACUUCAUUGUACCUUCAAAGUUUUUGAAAUCAAGACAAAACGAAACAAAUUCAACACCAAGAGAUGACUGCGACACUACUGGACAAGAAAAACGAACGGCAGUGUCGGAUUUUUGCCAAUCAGCAUGGCACGAGUUUUUGGAGGUAGACCCUGACGAUGGGUCCUUCCUGAACGAAGAACUCAAAACUGACAGAGAUUUCGAGCACUUGUUGACUGGAGCAGAGUACAAAGAUUGCCUCGUUAUUGACACUGCUUCCACCAUCCAAGAACUGCGACAUAACAUUAAAGCCGACAAACUCAAAGUUAAAAAUAGAAAACGACGUUACGAUGAUUCUGUCGCUUCAGAUAGUCAACAGCACGACGAGCCGCAGCAGGAAAAGAAGCCAUUCAGGAGUAGUGAAUCCAAUCAGCAAGAGAGUAGCAAAGAUAAUUCAAUGUUCUCCCAAAGCUUGGAGUUGAAAUCUGUUUCUGCAAGAGCAUCUCCUUCCGAUACACCACCAGAGGACACACAGAUUGAAAUGGAAGAACCGAUCGAGUCGCAUGAUGAUAGAGGUGCUGCACACAUUCGACCUGAAGGGAAAGCAAAUCUAGGAUUUUUCGAAUCUGAAAUAGAUGGACGAGUAACCAGACAAAACGCAGACAAUGUUUGUGUCUUGGUCAUUCACUACGAGUUCAAAAACAAUCCAGAUUAUUUCAAAAUAGCAGUCCCCCAUGACGUAGAAAACCUCAAGACUUCCUUCGGGAAAAACCGAAAUUGCAAUUUCCGUAACUUUCGGUCACCGAACAAAAAGACUUUGCUCCAACUUCUCGGUGAUGACGAAAAGCUUUUGCAGUUUUUCAACUUACAAGAUAACGUUCCUUCAGUUUUCGUGCUAUUCAUUCUCUCCCAUGGGUCUGAAAACGGAAUAAUAUGGACAGACCAAUUUGAUAGAGAAACAAACAAAUACGAAUGUUUCACAACAGAUGAAGUCUUAGACUCAUUGCAGAGGCUACAGAGAUUCGACAAAUGUCUGAAAAUCGUGAAUUUUGAGCCUUCUCGGGGGUGUUUCGAUGAUUCUAAGUACAACAUGAAAAAUUCAUACUCAUACUAUGCAAACAAGAAUUCGUGCAGAAUCACCAAUCGACCAGGAAUGAACAACUAUAUCGUGUUCUAUUCGACAGUUGAAACGACAACUGCGAACUCUGAUGAACUUGGUUCGUGGUUUGUCAGACAUAUCUGCACUUGUCUCAACAAUGCUAAUGAUGAGCCUUUGUUGAAAUUCUUCACCACUGUUCAGAAUCGAAUGCAUCAAGCGUCAUGCUAUUUCACGAGAUUUGUACAAAACAUUCAUUUGGGGCAAACACCAGAGCUCAAAAUGUUUCAACAAGACAAAAAAUUCGUUAUCUCAAAGACGAAAAUCCCAGAAAAACCUUUUACAAACACUGAUGGGUCUGGUACCGAGAGGAAAGUCUCAAAUGAAAUCCUCUCCAGAUAUUUCCCCUGGAAAUCAGAUGUAGGACAAGAUAUCAGAGGUCGUAGAUGUUUCAUUUUGUCCGUGAAACAAAUCAAACAAGUGCAGAAAAUGAAAAGAGUUCUUCAGAACCUACACUUCGAAAUUACAGACUGGACACUUAGCGGCACAUCCAUGGAGUUUUAUUUUAAGAAGGUGUCCGAAUUGGAACCAGACGUGGGCUGCAUUAUGACCUGCAUUUUUGGCCCUGUGUGUGAAAACGAAGAGAAAGAAGUUUGCGUGAGCGUUCAAAAUGGUGAAGAGAUCCCGAUCGCAGACAUUCUACACAGUUUGGUCGGCCCUAAAAACGAUAAAUUGAUAGGAAAGCCAAAAAUUAUGUUCGUUGUCAACGUGGAUGAAUCACAAACGGAUAAUGGAAGGAAUAUUAGCCCUAAAAACGAUAAACUUGCACAAAGGGACAGCACCUCCGAGGACAUGAAAGGUUUACAAGUGUCUGCUACAAACCACAGUGGCUGGCUCGUCUUGGUUUUAAAAUAUAAAGAUGCAUUGGAGAAAUUGAUUGAACUCUUUGGAAACAUCGGAGAGAAAAGCCUGCAAGAACUUCUGGAGCCUCUGCUUACUCGUGAGUCAAAUAGAGAAGAUGCGGUUCUACUCAAUUCUACUUUGCAGUAUCUCGUCAAAUUUCCAAUUUGGCCAAGAGCAUUUGUCAAACCCGAUUUAUUGGUUAAAAGGGCCCCUCGUGAUCAAAUUGAUAGUUCUAAAAUGUCAACGAAAUUUCGUAUUGCUGAAAAGAUCAAUUUUGAUACAUUAAUGAAAGAGGCCAUUCGAUUAUUUUGGGAAAACAAAAAAUCAUUAGAGACACAGAGUCGUCUUGAAAAUCCAAAAAUUACAUCUUCGAUCAAGUCGAAUCCCGUCAGAGACUUUGAGGCUAUCUCUGCAACGAGAGAUACAAUCGACGCGAGCAUUGUUUGGUUGUUUAAUUCUGUUGCUGGAUCAGGCAAAUCGACCGUACUCGUAGAAAUGGCGCACCAACUCACCCAAUUUGAUGGAGGGUUUAAAAUACUGCUAAUUCCUCUGGAAAAAUAUUGUCGGUACUUAUUUUACAUGUCUCCAUUGAAUGUGGAUGAAAUCGAAUUUCUCGCGAAGACAACCUGCAAUUCUCACGACGAUAUCAAGAAAUGGAUAAAGAAGAGAGAAGCCAUUGUUUUCCUCGACGGAUUUGAUCAAGCAUGGCCGGAAAUCAGGGGAAAAAUCAUCAAAAUUUUAAUUGCAUUGAAUAAUGCAAGCGUACCUCUCUUCAUCGGGAGCAGGCCUCACGAAGUGCACCACAUUCAAGAGAAGAUAAAAAACUCAACGAUCGUUGAGAUCCAACCCUUUGAUGAAGCAAGUCAAAUCGAGUUUCUGCAGACCAUGGCAGCAAUGAAUCAGCAAGAAAUCGAAGAAUUGAUGAAAAUCUUCAAUGACCAAGACAUUAUGGGAAACCCACUCUAUCUCACCUUGUUGGCCGAGUACAAAGGUGAUGGAAACUUGUAUGACAUAUUUGAGAAAAUAGUGCGGCGCAAAGUAGAAAUUUGUUUGGUGAGAGAAAAUGGAGGCAAUAUUGUUGGACAGGAGAUGAUUGACAAAUCAUUAGAGUUCAUUCAAUUGGUGGCCUCUCGUUUUGUGACAGGGGUGAAGAUUGACCAUGGUAGUGUUACAAAGAAACAUUUGGAGAAGAUGAAUGCUUUUGGAGUUGUGACAUAUUGCAAUGACACAGUCAAUUUCACUCACCUAAUGUUUGCAGAAUUUCUUACCGCACAAAAAUUUAUAACCGAUCUAAAAAAUCCAGGACCUGAGAAAGUUCCCUUAUUCAACGAUGAACUGAUGCAGUGCAGGAAGUUUGUUGACCUUUUCUUAUCUACGGAGAAGGGGAAGGACGAGUCCUACGCAGUGGCUUUUAGAGAUUGGGCUAAAUCAACUGAGCCUUUGAAAUUAGUGAGCCAAAUUUGUCGAGAGGAUUUGAGAAAAAUGUUCAAGUUGCUCAAUCCCGAUCUCUCAGUUAAAGAUAAAGACGGGAAAAACGCUUUGCACUUCGCUUUGCAUCACCUUGAAAUGGUCAAGAUGGUGCACGAAAAGAAGAGCAUAUUAGCGACCGAAAUAACCAACAAUGGAGAAAAUUGUCUCCACCUGGCGAUUGCUGACGAAAAAUGCAACGAGGAAGUGGCUAUUUGGAUCAUGCAAAACACAGAAGUGGACAAAAACAUUGAAACCAAAAGUAAAGACACACCGCUUCUGCUUGCAGGUGCUAGACACAAAUGGGAAUUAGCAAAAGUGCUUGUUUUUGAAUACAAUGUUGAGUUAAAAAAUUGUAAUCUAGAAGGGAAAUCAAUUUUGCACUAUGCUGUCCGGUCAAAUAAUUUAAAUUUCGUGCAAGCACUUCUUGAUAGGGGCUCCGAUGUCUAUUUAAAAGAUCAUGAAGGGGAUACAGCCCUUCAUAUAGCUUUUGAUUGCUAUGCAAACCCGGAAAUGAAGAAAAUGUUGCUUGAUAAAUGUGCUGAAGUAUACGAACAAGAUAAACGCACCGCACUGCAUCUCGCUGCUAGAUUUAACCCAGAUGCACAAGUGGUCCAAAAGCUGCUUAAAAACGGCGCCGACGUUAACUCAAAAGAUCAAGACGGACUCACAGCUCUUCACCACGCUGCUUGGAGGAAUGAAAACCCAAAAAUCAUUAAAAUUUUGCUUUACCAUCGCGCCAAUGUAAACGCUAAAGACAAUUAUGAAUGGACCGCUCUGCAUUAUGCCGCUAGAUUUAGCCCAGUUUCGGAAGUUGUUCAAGAGCUGCUUAAGAAAGACGCCGAGAUAGAUGCAGAAAAUGAUGCAGGAGAGACUGCUUUAUUUCUCGCGGCUAAGCAUAGUCUCGUGAAAGAAGAAGUGGUUCGAAUUCUGCUCAAGCAUGGUGCCAAUAGAAAUGAUAAUAAGAUAAAGAAUGACAUCGACUGCGAAACUGUAUUACGUCAAAUAAACAAUAACCCGUAAUAUUCUAGAGAAAAAAAAUAUUAAAAAACCGUAAAAUAUAUCUUUGAUGUAAUGGUAAAUGAUAAAUGAAGUCUGUUGUGUUCCAUUUCGUUUCUGAAAAAAUUGCUCUUAGAUAAUGUAAAACCAAACAAAUUGGGAGAAGAUGAUUUGAAUUACGCCAAAUUUGAAAGAACCGGUUUGAAAACUGCAAUUUUACAUCCGAAUCACACGAGAGCCCACAUUUUUGUUAACUUAUUGUAAACGGCAAACAUAUAUUAACUUUUGAACUCUAUAAAUUACUAAAACCAUUUAAGAGAUAUUGAAGCAUAACCAAUUAUGAGUAUAGCAAUAGGAAAUGAGCAGUUAAUCACAUGUGAUUAGCUGAUACUAUCCGAUACAACUAGAAGAUACAUUUUAAUAGUUAGUAAGUUUUACUAUUAUCUACUCUAUAAUUUAAUCUUUAUUCAAUUAAAUACAAAUGUAAAUAUUUUGGAAUGGGAUAAAUAUGUACGGGUUUUGGAAUGUUUUUAAAUAAAUCUUUUUCUGCAUAUA